GAUAUAUGUAUACUUAUAUAUAUUUCGAGUAUGGCUGUAAUCUUGUCUUCUGUCACAAUACUGCGCUUGUUAGCUUGAAAUUUAGUUUUGGAUUGUCCUUAAUAUCGUUUAAAAAUAUCGUACUGACUUCUACGUAUCGUUUAAAUUGAAUUACGACGAAAAAAUGUCUAGUGAAAGUGUAAAAACGUUUGCUAGUCUUGAAACACCUGGAUAUGUGGGAUUUGCAAAUUUACCUAAUCAAGUUCAUAGAAAAUCAGUAAAAAAGGGUUUUGAAUUUACACUUAUGGUUGUUGGGGAAUCUGGUCUUGGAAAAUCUACAUUAGUAAAUAGUCUAUUUCUUACUGAUUUAUAUCCAGAACGUGUAAUUCCUGAUGCUAUAGAGAAAACUAAUCAAACUGUUAAGCUUGAUGCUUCAACUGUGGAGAUUGAAGAAAGAGGUGUCAAACUUAGAUUAACUGUUGUUGAUACUCCUGGUUAUGGAGAUGCAAUUGAUAAUACAGAUAGUUUUAGAGCUAUCAUACAAUAUAUAGAUGAUCAAUUUGAAAGAUUUUUACGUGAUGAAAGUGGUUUAAAUAGAAGAAAUAUAGUAGAUAAUAGAAUACAUUGUUGUUUUUAUUUUAUCUCACCAUUUGGUCAUGGAUUAAAACCUUUGGAUAUAGAAUUUAUGAAGCAACUUCAUAAUAAAGUUAAUAUAGUACCAGUAAUUGCAAAAGCUGAUGUACUUACAAAAAAAGAAGUAUUGCGUUUAAAGAAACGAGUUAUGGAAGAAAUAGAAGGCAGUGGAAUAAAAAUUUAUCCAUUACCAGAUUGUGAUAGUGAUGAAGAUGAAGAUUAUAAAGAACAAGUUAGACAAUUGAAAGAAGCAGUUCCAUUUGCUGUAUGUGGAGCAAACACAUUAUUGGAAGUAAAGGGACGAAAAGUACGAGGGCGAUUGUAUCCAUGGGGUGUAGUAGAAGUUGAAAAUCCUGAUCAUUGUGAUUUUAUAAAACUGAGAACAAUGUUAAUCACACAUAUGCAAGAUUUACAAGAAGUGACUCAAGAAGUACAUUAUGAAAAUUAUCGCAGUGAAAGACUAGCAAAAGGAGCUCCUGUACCACCUCGAAGACAAACAAUUGCAGAAUCUGAAAGAAGUAAUUCUGUUUCUGAAAAAGAUCGAAUAUUGCAAGAAAAAGAAGCAGAGUUACGACGAAUGCAAGAAUUAGUAGCGGUAAUGCAGGCACAAAUGCAACAACAACAACCUUAAUUAUAUAUAUUUUCUGCACAAAUGUGUGAAGAAAAAUUAAUUCUUCACAUUACAGGUGCCAAAAAAUUUUAUUAAAUGAUCAAUACACUAUUCAAAACAUAAUUUG